AUGAAGCCGAUAUCAUGCACAGUCAUACAGUCUAUCUAUUCUCUUCUUCAGAGCGGAAAAUCGUGCAGAGAAAUAGCCAGAGAGCUCGGAAUAGCCCCAUCAACCGUCUCAAAGUAUCGCAAAAUGGCAUCCUUCCGUAUAGAACUCUUGCCUGCUGGAAGAAGAAGUAUAAUAUCGAAGAGUAGAAAGGAUCUUAUCCGACUACAAAUGUUAAACGGUGAAUUCCGGACCUCGCGAGCCCUAUAUUACCGAUUACUCGAAGAAGGAUACAAUGUCUCAUAUCCUACGGUGUGCAAUAUAAUGAAAGAGCUUGGAUUAAAGCGUGUAACCAAGGCAGAUUCAUCAAAGUUUCAGUAA